AUGCUGAUCUACAAGGACAUUUUCACCGAUGACGAGCUUUCCUCUGAUUCAUUCCCAAUGAAGUUGGUCGAUGACCUCAUCUACGAGUUCAAGGGAAGACACGUUGUUCGCAAGGAGGGCGAGAUUGUCUUGGCCGGAUCUAACCCAUCUGCUGAGGAGGGAGGAGAUGAUGAGGGAUCUGAUGAGCAUGUCGAACGCGGUAUCGAUAUCGUCCUCAACCACAAGUUGGUCGAGAUGAACUGUUACGAGGACGCCUCAAUGUUCAAGGCUUACAUCAAGAAGUUCAUGAAGAACAUCAUUGACCACAUGGAGAAGAACAACCGUGACAAAGCUGAUGUUGAUGCAUUCAAGAAGAAGAUUCAAGCUUGGGUUGUCAGCCUCUUGUCCAAGGAUCGUUUCAAGACCCUUCAAUUCUUCAUUGGAGAGAAAGCAGCUGAAGGAGCCGAGAAUGGACAAGUUGCCAUCAUCGAGUACAGAGAUGUCGACGGAACUGAGGUUCCAACUCUCCUGCUGGUCAAGGAAGCCAUCGUCGAGGAGAAGUGCUAA